AUGCUCCUACGGCAACGAAUAUCACGGAGGCCCCAACUGGGAAACCUCUCGCUACGACCGCCUGUAGCAUAUACAGGAGCACCGGCACGACUUUACUCCAUCAAUGCUGCCCGACCUCGGCAGGUAUUGUCAUCCUCCCCGCACCGCUCGAUAAGAAGCACAUAUGCCGUUUGCGCGACCUCGGACUUCUCUACGUCUUCUUUAAGAAGGAAACAGAAGGAUGGCAGCUUCUUCGACAGCUCGAUCGAACCUUUAUCAGAGGACGAGCAGAAGGCGAAUCUCGAACAACAGAAAGAGGCGGAGGAGAAGGAGCUCGGCGAAGCCAAGAACUCGAGUAGCUCUGAAAGCCCGUCCAGCGGUGACAGCCAGGGGAAGCCCGAGUCACCGGAUGGACGUGGUAGCAGUGCCCCUGGAGGCUCUUCAGGAUCCGGAGGUGAUGGAUCUGGGGAUGGCGGCCGCAAGGGGCGCAGGUCUGGUGCCGAACGGGCGUUACAGAAGCCCAUUGUACCAGAGGUAUAUCCCCAGGUGAUGGCGAUUCCCAUUGCGAAGCGUCCUUUGUUUCCUGGAUUCUACAAGGCUAUCACCAUCAAAGAUCCGAACGUCGCCGCAGCCAUCACCGAAAUGAUCAAAAGAGGGCAGCCCUAUGUUGGAGCCUUCCUCUUCAAGGAUGAAAACGCCGACGACGAUGUCAUACAUAAAGCCGAAGACGUCUACGAUACUGGAGUAUUCGCCCAGAUCACUAGUGCCUUCCCGGUCCAUGGCGAACAGAACAGUCUUACUGCGAUCCUAUACCCGCACCGCCGCAUCAAGCUAUCGACUCUAAUCCCACCGAGCUCAACUGAGGCCAAGACCAGCGAAGCGGAGGUAGAACCUGCGCCUGAGCCUAUCCCAUCCAAACCAGUCGAUGAGGAGGUACAGCAAGAAAAGAAAGGCGAUGUGGUGGCCAGUUUCGAGGAGAGCGCAGUGACGUCCAAGGCUGAAUCGGCGGAGAAGUACGAGCCCACCUCUUUCCUCCGAAAGUACCCGGUCAGUCUCGUUAACGUCGAGAAUCUGACCGAGGAGCCACAUGACCCAAAGAGUCCUGUCAUUCGAGCUGUUACGAACGAAAUAGUCAAUGUUUUUAAGGAAGUCGCGCAGAUGAAUAGUCUGUUUAGGGAUCAGAUAUCAACGUUUUCUAUGAGCCAGUCUACCGGUAACGUCACAGCUGAACCAGCUAAGCUUGCUGACUUUGCUGCGGCGGUAUCCGCUGGGGAACCCGCAGAGCUGCAAGAGGUCCUCUCGAGUCUGAACGUGGAAGAGCGAAUGCAGAAGUCCUUGAUUGUGCUCAAGAAGGAGCUCAUGAACGCCCAAUUACAGUCGAAGAUCACGAAAGAUGUUGAGAGCAAGAUCACGAAACGGCAACGAGAGUAUUGGCUAAUGGAACAAAUGAAAGGCAUCCGUCGAGAACUGGGCAUCGAGUCAGACGGCAAGGACAAACUAGUGGAAAAGUUCAAAGAGAAGGCCGACAAGUUGGCCAUGCCAGAGGCCGUGCGAAAGGUGUUCGAUGACGAGAUUAAUAAGCUCGCUCACCUUGAGCCAGCUGCAUCCGAGUUCAAUGUCACAAGGAAUUAUCUGGACUGGCUCACACAAAUACCAUGGGGGCAACGUAGUGCAGAGAAUUUCGGCAUUUCAAACGCUAUGAAGGUCUUGGAUGAAGACCACUACGGCCUCAAGGACGUCAAAGAUCGCAUUCUAGAGUUCAUUGCGGUUGGAAAGCUAAGAGGAACUGUCGAAGGCAAGAUCCUUUGCUUUGUUGGGCCUCCUGGCGUGGGCAAGACUAGUAUUGGAAAGUCCAUCGCACGAGCGCUGAAUCGUCAAUACUACAGAUUCAGCGUUGGCGGUCUUACUGAUGUGGCGGAAAUCAAAGGACACCGAAGGACCUACGUCGGCGCUCUCCCCGGACGUGUUAUCCAAGCUCUGAAGAAAUGCCAGACAGAAAACCCUCUGAUUUUGAUUGACGAGAUCGACAAGAUCGGCCGAGGGUAUCAAGGAGACCCCUCUUCUGCCCUGCUCGAACUGCUCGACCCCGAGCAAAACAGCUCCUUCUUGGACCACUACAUGGAUGUCCCUGUCGACCUGUCCAAGGUUCUGUUUGUUUGCACCGCAAAUAUGACGGAUACUAUUCCAAGACCACUACUUGACAGAAUGGAAGUCAUCCGACUCUCGGGCUAUGUCUCGGAUGAAAAGAUGGCGAUUGCUGAGAAGUAUCUCGCUCCAGCGGCUAAGGAGCUGGCUGGCUUGGAAGGAGCCGACGUCAAAUUAAGCGAGGAGGCUAUCGAGGAACUCAUCAAGUCAUACUGCCGAGAAUCCGGUGUGCGAAAUCUAAAGAAGCAGAUCGAGAAGGUUUACCGAAAGUCAGCUUUGAAGAUAGUGCAGGACCUUGGAGAGGAGGUCCUUCCUGAGGAGGAAGCACUCACCGAGGAGGGCAAGUCUGCUCUUGAGGAGUCUGAAAAAGAACAGAGCAACAAGGACACCGACUCGACCACAUCAAGCGCUUCCGAGAAGGAAACUGCAGAGAAACCUCGCGUGGCACUCAAGGUGCCUGAGACCGUCCACGUCACGAUUGGCAAAGACAAUUUGAAGGAUUAUGUUGGUCCUCCGAUCUUCACCUCAGACAGGCUGUACGACGUGACUCCACCUGGCGUGACUAUGGGUCUAGCAUGGACCCAGAUGGGUGGUGCUGCUAUGUACGUCGAGUCGAUCCUCCAGGCUGCCAUUAGACCAAGCACGAGGCCGUCUCUGGAGAUCACGGGAAACUUGAAGACAGUUAUGAAAGAGUCAUCGACCAUUGCCUAUUCAUUUGCAAAAUCAUUGAUGGCGAAGGAGUUCCCCAACAACCAUUUCUUCGAUAAAGCCAAGAUCCAUGUACAUGUCCCCGAAGGGGCUGUGCAGAAGGACGGCCCUUCAGCAGGUGUGACUAUGGCAACAAGUCUCAUGUCAUUGGCAUUGGACGCUCCAGUGGACCCCACGAUCGCCAUGACCGGCGAAAUAACACUCACCGGCAAGGUUCUGCGAAUCGGAGGGCUACGGGAGAAGACGGUAGCAGCUCGCCGGGCAGGAUGCAAGAUGAUAAUCUUCCCAGAGGACAACAUGUCCGACUGGUUGGAACUUCCGGAGAAUAUCAAAGAUGGCAUUGAGGGCCGCCCGGCCAGUUGGUACUCGGACAUUUUCGAGCUCGUCUUUCCUAAUAUAGACAGAGAAAAGGCCAACAUCUGCAAAGCAUGCGAGUGGAAAAAGGCGAACGACACCAAAUCCAAAGAAGAGGAUGAUAAGAGCGAUUAA